AUGGGAAACUAUAUAUCAAUAAACUUGGAAGAUCAUUAUAAAAAUAAUGAAAAAUUCUUACAGAGCCUCAAUGAGAUAGCGAUUGAAAGGCAAAUUCAGAUGCAAAAUCAAAUGGCAGAUAGGCAGAGAGCUACAGCUGUAGCUAAAAGUAGAGACUUAUUUUUGUGGAUAACAACCUUUAAUAUAACUGCAACAACAGGCCUAUUUACAGGGUUCAGAAGAACUAAGAGAGCCUACUUUUUGUUUCCAUUAAUUCCACUUACAUUUGUUAACUUGUACUACUGGGAUCUUGCAUAUGGCAACAAGUUACAUAGAAUCAGAAUGGAAGCUGAACACAUAAUGACCCAUGAGGUGGACAUGUUAAAAGUACCAUGCGGUCUACCAACACCAUCAUCCAUUGACCAGGGUCGUAUGGCUGAAGAGGAGACUAAGAAAAUACAUCCACCAAUGCCUUAA